UGCGGGUAUAACUUAAGAAAAACUUAACCCGAAGAAAAGUGCGUAGACGAGAAUAAGUGCGAAUUCUUUUGUUGCUGUUGAGAGUGACAAUGUCAACGCUCGUCACAGAUACGCCGCUAUACAGAUCGUCCACUACUACUACCUUUGCUGGGGAAUUAACUAGCCUCAUGCCCACCGUUACCAAGAUUGACACACGAUUGAACAUCAGUCCGGUCUCAGUUAUUCUGGCGAUCUCCAUAGUGUGUAUUCUCUCGCCCAUCACCGUUACCAGUAACUCCAUCAUCCUAGCAGCCUUCUACAGGUACAAAAGACUCAGGACUGCUUCCAAUUGUCUUUUAGUCUCGUUGGCUAUUAGCGAUUUUGGGAUCGGCGUGUUUAUGCCAGUCGGGAUACAGCUAGAGCUCUCCGGUUUACCAGAAAACGGCGUUUCCGCUCUCUGCAUCGUGCCGUAUUGCAUUGCGAUCGCGCUCUGUAGUGUGAGUGUCCUAGUUACCGUGGCCAUCGCGGUGGACCGUUUGACUUCGUUGGCGCAACCGUUGCGAUAUAAAAACAUCAUCACCCACAGCAGCGUAGAAAAAUACAUCGCGGUCUUUUGGAUAUAUGCGAUCGCUGUUGGCCUCUCGCCUCUCAUCUAUACUCAAAUCAUCGGAGGGAUGCAAUCGCACAGCGGAAACUGCAGAUUCGAUGCGGCCGUGUUACCACCAGUCAGAGUGUUUCUGGUCGUGGCAGUUUGGGCACCGAGCGCCCUGGUUUUAUUGGGUUGCUACAUGUACGUCUAUCUUGUCGCGCGUGCACAUGCACGUGCGAUUUACACAGUGGAAUUAUCAUUUAGACAUCAAACGCAGACGUUGGCACUACCUCGUUAUGGACAAACCUUAGCAGUCACGGUUGGCGCAUUUUUUAUUCUGUGGCUUCCAUUCCAAAUUUGCAUGCUGGUGGACAUUUUCUACGGAACCAACAUCCUAUCGGAAUGGGCGGUAGUGUGGCUAGGUUUGCCAAUCCUUGCGCACAGCGGCGCAAAUCCAUGGAUUUAUGCUUUUCAUCACGGUGAGAUGCGCAUCGCUGCCGGAAAAAUUGCUCAAGAUCUGGUCGCUUUGUUUGGUGUGAUGCCGGGCCAUUACGGCUGUUCACCGACAAGAUGCGGUACCAACACGAACCUUGAACUGGCCGAGGUGAAUUAUGAUGAAGAGAGCAAUGAAAGCAGACGGCAUCCGCCCGUAGAGGAUUGCUUUACUACUACCAAACACCAUAAGGCUCUUUAUAAGAAUAGAUGCUUAGAAAUAUCAGGUAGACACACCGAUAUCUCGCUCGAGAAGCAUGACAACGAGCAUAUUGCGUCCUGCAGCAGUCGAUCGGGCGACAUCAUUGGGGAAAAUAUUCACGACCUGACGAAGAUGCUCGAGCCAAGAUACAUCAUCGACCGAAAUCACGUUAUCGACUCCAAUCACAAUAUUGACAAGAUAAAAAAUCUCAAAUAUUUGUUGGAUCCGACUUUCAACAAGAUUAGGCAUCUCCGACGAUUGAAUCACAAACGAAUAAACAGGAAUAACUUGCCAUUGAUUUUCGAAUCGGAGAAAUUUAUAUCUUAUCAGAAUUUGAAGAGCGACGGCUCACACAGCAAUCGUAAGUUUCUUCAAUUGAACGCCCUAUCGGAUCCGAUACUAAAUGUUGAUACUUCCGUAGUAAACACGAAGAAUUCGAAUCAAGUAAUGUACCGCGUAAAUAAUGUUACCUAUCAAAGACAGAAUCCAAACUUGAUGACCAUGUCAGAUUCGAAUCUCGAAGCGGCAACGGUGCAUACUUCCAAAGUAGACACAAGACUCUUUCCGACAAGUAAUAACGACACGGAAAGCUAUGGUUGCUCUGUGCAAAAUCUCAAUCACGGAUACGAGGAUGCAUUAGCGAGACACGCGAUGAUGCUCUGUCAACAGAUGGAGGAUCAACAGAAAGAAGCCAUUAGCAAGGCUUCUUCUCGUUCGCGACCCAAGUUUCGCCAUUUUGGACGCGUGAAUCCGAAUCUGAAACAUAAACUGCGAAACGGCUGCUCCUCCUCGUCGUCGGCGCUUAAUAAGACAAGCUGCAAGACGGAUACUUUGAAACGAAGCGCACUCCCGCACCUAACUAUUACGUCGAACAAAUUAGCCAAUCUUAUUAACCUAGAUUCACCAUCGAGAAAUAUGCGUACAUCCGCGCACAUAAUAAAUUUUACUGCCAAAACCAUGACGCAAACUCAUAAAAAAUUGGAGGCGUUGAAGCAUUCUGAGUCGAUUAAUGCAAUCGGCGAUCCAGUAAUGCACCGAGUAACUCUGUUGGAGCCUUUCAAUUUGAUGGAUUCGUUGGUUGUUCCGACGAUACACUCGGAACCGCCGAGUCCCAUAGAGCCUCUCCCCGCGGCGUCUCUUCAGGCCGAAGAGACGCAGAGUCUUGAGAUCCCGAGAUCUGUCAUGGACAUCAUCGCGCAACGCACUAGUUCGCCUGUAAAUAAAAGAAGCAAUCAGAAGCCCAUAAGACGCUCAAUUCCUAUAGUACCGACCGUAUUACUAAAUAUCGAGGACUUGAGCGAACCAUUCGAACAAGGUGAUGAUCAAAUUCUGUGUCAAAGGAGUGACCCUGUAUCCUCCGGUAAUACGUCGACGUUGGAGCCGAUCGAUCUUUUCGAGGCACUGCUGAGGAACUCGGACAAAAGUAGAGACACGAGACUAUCAGAACCCAUCUUCGCCGAGCACGAUUCCACCAGGUUUAGCUCAAGACGUCCAUCCGAUUCAAAGUGGUCCGAGUCCUCUAGGAGCCAAGAGGUCUUAUCGAGCGCCGCGAUGGAGCAUCAAAUUGCGUUCCCAUUGUUUUAUUCGGUCAACGAUUUUCAGACUUGUAACAGCGGCAGCGACCUCAACGAUCUCACCUCCCUGGAUCCCUUUAUGUGUCCCGACGCUCUGACGUCAUCUCUGCGCGAGUCCUUCUUCAGCGCGCCAUCCAUGCCUGACUCGGAUAUAUUCACAUCUUUCGAGGAAAGCUACGAGCCGGUCUUUACGCCUGAUUCCGAGCGGGACGCUCGUUUGGCGUACAAUUCGAUGUCAACAAUGAAUUUAAAGAGGUGUGCUGUAGAAGCGGUUUUUCAAAGUAAAUCUACGGAAUCGGUGCACCGUGUCAAGCAUCCCUCGACGCGAUCCUGCACGAUUCUUAGAGUAGAACCGGCUGUACAUUCGAAUAGAUUACGCGUCAGACCCUGCGUGGAUUACAUCUUGAAGGAACCGUCGCCGGUUAAGAGGAACCCGCGUUUGGCACCUCUUGCUAUUCCCACACCCACCGAUAUCUGUACUCCCACGUUUGACAUCGUAUCGGAAAUCAAAAGCGAUAACGGUAUUGGCGUUAGAGUUUGA